AUGAGUACUAAUUCUAAGCAAUUGAAUAAAAAGAAGACACGAUUAUAUAAUAGUCGAACGAUUAAGAGUCAACUCAACGACCCAGCAUAUGAUAAAAAACAACGAGUCUUGGAUGUGAAUUCCUUUAUCCAUUCACGAAAUUUUGAAAUACGAUCAUUUGAGCAAUCACAAUUAAAUUCCAAAAAUGCAUCUUCAACAAGAGUAUUUCAAGAUUUGCCUAGAGUAUUACGACGUAGAGCCGCAUCUCAUAAUGUGAAAAGAAUUCCCAAAAGAUUAAGGAAGAGAGCUAAACAAGAAAUGAGUGCCAAUUUACCUGUCAAGAAAAUGCCUCGUGGAAGAAGAUUAUACAAGUUACUUGUCAGAAAUAGAUUACUAAAAGUAGCUACUAAAAUGAAGAAGAAUAAAUAUGAUCCAUUGGAAAACCUCCUCAAUAAGAAAAACAUUCGUAAACAAUUUAAAGCUAUACGUGAUGAAAUCAAAAAAAUCCACAAAGAGAAUCUCAAACUGUCAACUCUUGAAGACUUUACCAAGUUAAAUAACUCAGUUGGAUCUCGUGAUAAUACUGGUAUUAAUGAAUUUGCACCACGGCCAAAAGGAAGCAUCAAAUAUUAUAAACGUCAAAGGGAAUUUGUUUGGAUACCUACACAUAUAUGGCAUGUCAAAAGAUUUCAUAUGAGCAAGAAAUACGGGUACCAAAUUCCAUACACGCCUACACAGAAAUGUUUUAAAUUAAUGAAUCGUUGGAAUCGACAAAAAGCAGUAUGCUUUGAUACAUCAUAUUUUCCUACAUUUAUUUUAUUCAUUGGUGAUGCAGCAAAGUUUGCAGACAUAGCGAAACAGUUAUGUGGGAAGAAAGUUGGUAAACAAAUAUUGAAUGGUAAGAAAUCAUACAAUGGUUGGGUUCAUAUUGAUGGAGAAACAAAGUUAUGUCCAGGAUUUGUGUAUAUGAAUCAUUCUUUGAACACCAUCAUGGUAAGAGUGGUACCAUCGGUUUAUGAAAAAUUAUUUCAAUCAUACAAGGAAAAAAUAGAAAAUAUUCCAAAUUCCACAAUUCAUGAUUGUCGAUACGCUUUGGGGAGUAUUGAAUUAUCAGGUCCAUUAAGUAUGAAGUGUUUAAGCAAAAUAUUUCAUUUUCACAAUAUUUCACCGGAUUUAAAGAAUACUUGGGCGUCCCUUUCGAAAAUAAAGGAUAGUGAUCUUGUUCCUGUGGGGACUACAUUUACUUUCAAUUUACAUGACCCGCGUAUUUGGCAGAGACCCACCAAGUUGCCACAUAACCGUAAGGAAGAUCAAGACAUUUAUGAUAUUAUAAUUGCAUUAAAUUCCUCCCCUCGUGUAAAUCAGGACAUUGUUAAAAAGUUAUCCACUCCAGAAGGGAGAUACGACUCUUAUAAGGAUCAAUUGUCGAUAAAGCAAUUGGGAAGAUUUCAUGGAAAUAUGAACAAGAAGCCAUCAGAUAUUUCCCAUAGUCAAAUUCCAGUGUUGUUAUCUAAAACAGACAGCCAAAAAUGGUUAUUAAUUCUUCCUUGGCAUUGGAUAUUGCCUUUCUGGAUUCAGAUAACAAAAGUUACGGAUAUCAAACCAGGUGGAUCCAAACAAAUGCAUCAAUUUCAGUUUGAGAACCACAAGCCAUAUUAUCCGCAAGAUUAUCCUUGGUCAUAUGACGGUUGGCAAUUUAACAAAUUGGUUGGUGAAGCAAAUCAGCUUAAAGCAGCAAAGUUACCCAAAAGCCAAGUCUCAGUUGAAAAGUCUGAGAAGAACUAUUCGCUGAUUUUUAAUGCUAAUAAAUGCGAUUGGAGGAAUUUACGAAAUUUGACAUUCUUAUUGAAUUAUAGCAAGCUCGAUCGAAAAACACUUGAACAAGGUUUGGCACCAGACUUUGCCCAGUAUGAUGGCCCAGAGAGAAUAAUUAAUUCUGUCCAUGAUUUAUUACAAACCACCAAGUCGCUUGAAAAAGAUGUUACUGACGUAAAUGAACCAAUAGUCGAAUUGUAUACAAACCAUAAAACUCAAGUGGACUUUUACAACAAUGCUUAUAAAAUUGCACAGUUGCCGGAUAUCUUACACAAAAAACUACCUGUUGUUCAAAUAGGCCUAUCAGUAAUUAAUGAUGGCACAAUUGACGAUAAUGCAAGAUUGUACUCAGACCCCAGUGCAACUGAUAUUCAUUGUGUUGGGUUUGUUACUACCGGAGCCAUGAAUUUGAAUGUUGGAAAAUAUAGUGGCAUCGGCACGAUUAUAGCCCAAAAGUGGUUAAUUGAAGAGAGUGGUCAUAAGUUGUACGUUAGAAAUCCCGGUAAGUCAAAAGUAUAUAAUGUCUCCUUUAGGGUUGUAUAA